AAAGUCAAAGAAGCAAAUAUACCUAAGAACACGAAGCACAACCGCCCUACUGUUGCCAUUCUGGGUGACUCCAUGUUAAAACACUUGAAUCCAAGGAAAAUUCAACACGGAUUGGACCAUAAAGUCACGAUUAAAACUUUUCCUGGGGCCGGUGUAGACGAGAUGAUACAUUACGUUAGACCAACACUUCAGAAAAAACCAAACCAUGUUGUCUUACACGUAGGUACGAACGACCUUCAAACCAAAUCACCAGUUACAUUAAUAACGGCGAUAAGCAGACUCGGAGAAACAAUUACUCAAGAAGGAAAUGGAACUGAACUUACACUCUCGGAAGUUAUAACUAGAAAUGAUAAUGCGAAUCUUGCCGACAAGGUAAAUGUUUUUAAUAAGAAACUAGAUGAACUAUGUACUGAGCAUAACUGGGGUCUUAUUAAACAUGAUAAUAUAACUAAAAUUCAUCUCAAUAAUUAUGGACUACAUCUAAACCAAAGAGGGACAUCUACCCUAGCAGGAAACGUAAAACAAUUUUUAAAAAACCAAGUGUUUGAUUGA